AUGGACGAGCAGAAGGUCCGUUACGUUGCAUUCAAAAUGACUAGAGAGGCGAAAUGCUGGUGGCUUUCUGCGAAACUGCUAGAGGACCAAAGGCUAGAAAAGAUAGCUCUUACCUGCGAAAGAUUUAAGGAGUUGUUCUUUAAUAGGUAUUUCCCUUCGUCUGUUAGAGAGGAAAAGAUUGAAGAUUUCACUAAUCUGACCCAGGGGGAUAUGACUGUUGUGGAGUAUGCAGCAAAAUUUGUGGAGCUUUCUCGCUUCGCACCAUUUAUGAUUUCGAAGGAGGCAAGGAAGGCCAGGAAAUUUGAAAAAGGCCUGAGACGCAGAUUAUACAAGCUGGUGGUGGGGUUUCAGGUACAGACUUUCUCAGAAUUAGUCAAUAAGGCUUCGGUGCUAGAGAAGAGUAUCCAGAGUAGCACAGAGCCUUCAGAGUAG